CUUUAGCGGGGCUUAAGUCUUAAGGCAUCUGUCAGGUUAUAAAGUCGUCUUCGUAUGACUCUGGCAGUUUGUUCAACGUCUCUCUGACAGUUUGUUGAACUGUGGUGGUUCCUUCCAUGCCCUCGUCACAACCACGCAAUUUUGGACGGUUAGCCUGUAGUGCGUAAAGACUUAUCAAUAGAUCUUUGCAAAGUGCGUUGUUUUUUAAUUCAAUCGGCAUUCUAUAAAAGGGGCGUUCUAGUCACUGGAUCUCUACUUUCGUCUGUCAAGCGUUGGAGAGGUGCGAUGUCUGUGACUUUCAGAGUUCAGCUGUAUUUCUUCUUGCUGAGCCUUUCAGCUCUCAAGGGACAAAGCCGAUACCUGGAGGAAAAUGAAAUUACUCCAGAGGGAUUAUUCUCACUUCUAAAUUCCGAAAUCAAAAGAGAAUUGUCUGAAGAUUUUAUUUACCGUAGACCUCUACGAUGUCUGGACAUGCUGGCAGCAGAGGGACAGUUCACUUUCACCGCAGACCGCCCGCAGCUCAACUGUGCAGCUUUCUUCAUUGGCGAACCCAAUGAGAUGAUCAGCGUAGCAUAUGACAAUGUGAACAUCGACUGCGAUGGCGGGGAUUUCAUCAAGGCGUUUGAUGGCUGGGUUAUGAAAGGGGAGAAGUUCCCUAGCUCCCAGGACCACCCUCUCCCGUUGCACGAGCGAUACGUUGACCUCUGCGAGACAGGCUCGGUCAGGAGAGUGGUCCGCUCAUCACAGAAUGUGGCCAUGAUCUUCUUCCGCAUACACAAUGCUGGGAGUGGAUUCAGCAUCACUGUGAAGAAACUACUCAACCCCUUCCCCUGCAACAUAAUCUCGCAGACCCCAGAGGGUAGCUUCACGAUGGUGAUCCCCCAGCAGCACAAGAACUGCAGUUUCUCCAUCAUAUAUCCUGUUGAGAUUCAGAUAGCAGAGCUCAGCUUGGGGCACUUCAGUGACUUCCCUGUUAAGAGGGUUGUCCCAGGGUGUGCUGGAGCUGGAGAUUUUGUGGAACUCCUGGGGGGUAAUGGUGUGGACACCUCAAAGAUGUUCCCUGUGGCUGACCUCUGCUAUUCCUUCAGUGGACCUGCUCAAAUGAAGAUAGGGUGUGAAAACACCGUUGUGAGGAUGGUAUCAAGUGGGAAAUUUGUAAACCGAGUGACUUUUCAAUAUCGACUCCUGGACCGGAGUGAGCUUCAGAAAAUCAAAGGGAACACCGUGGAGGACUUGUGCUUCACUGAAUGAGCUGGCUUUUCUGGCUCAUUAAGGUGAAUGACUGAAAGCCAAAUAACCAUGUGACUGAAGAGGCUGCAUCCUGGAAUCAUAUAUUUCUUUUACAGGUUUAUCUAUUUAUUACUUCAUUAUUUUUUGUCAUGUAUAUUGAACCCCUCACUGAUAUAGGAUCAAUAAAACCCUAUUUUGUGUUUGUGUGCACUGCUAAAACAUUAUUUGGCAUUCCCUUUCUACAGUACUAUAUGAAAGGCAAAAUACAAUACGUUUUAGUAAUUAUAUAAACAUUCCAAACACCUCUAAAACUAAAAUAUAAUAUUAUUUAUAUUUCUUGCUAAAAUGUAAAAGUGCCCAAUGCAAUAUAUAAAAAUCAUGUCAAUUGUAUGCUGAUAUAAUAAUUUGUAUCAAACUUGUUUUUAAUAAAAUUGUACUGCAUGGUAAA